AUGGCGUGUCUGAGGGAUGAGUGUGUGAGCGUGUGGGUGUAUGCAGUGAGCAUCAAGCUGGACCAACCCGCAAUGCCUUCACCAACGCAGAUCCAAGUAACAUCCGAAAAUUUCAAAACUAUCUUGCAUUGGCAGUACCCACCUAUAUCUGAAACUCCUCAUUUUAUUGUGGAGAUCAAACCCUACAAUCCGGGUUCCUAUAAGAUCGUCUCAACUUGUGUGAACAUCUCGGCUAGUUUUUGUGAUGUCUCAAGUGAGAUAAAAGAUCUUUUUGACUCUCACUGGCUUCGAGUUAAAGCUCUUGUUGGGUCACAACAGUCUGAGUAUGUUGAGACAAAGGAGUUUAUUUUGCGAAAGCAUGGAAAAAUAGGACCACCAAAACUGAAUCUCUCAAGGCAUGGUGAUAAAAUCAUGGUUGAUAUUUACCAUCCUGCAUUCCCAUCUGUGGAGAUUCUUCCUUGGAUUGAGGGCACUUACUCAGAGCUCAUGUACUUCGUGACUUUUUGGGAUAGGAAAAAUCAGAGUAAAGAAGAAUUCCCUGUAGACAACUGUACAAUGUAUAAAUGUAGCGUCAACAUCCCAGUUUCCACUGAAGGUUCCACUUACUGUGUUUCAGCGAGGGCAAAUUUCUAUCGCGAUCUGAUGGUUGGUGCCCCAUCAGAAGAAGGCUGCAUUCAUGUUCCUCUCAAACAGACAUUGAGCACGCAAUAUAUCAUCAUUCCGUGUGCUGUUAUUCUGAGCCUGAGUCUAAUGUUGACAGUAUGUUUUGGCUGCAAGAAACUAAGAAAGGAGAACAUAAAGCUGCCUAAGUCUUUGGUCAGUGUGAUAAGAAACCUGAACACAGACAGCAUUCUAGAAUCAAAAUCGGAAGCAAAAUACGUGUCUGUAAUAAGCUUCAUGCCAAGCCAGUCAUCAUUGCCAGUGAAUAAUGAUGAAGUAACCUCGCUGGAGGUAGAGCCACAAGAAGAAACUGUUAGUUGUGAGAAUUCCAGUGAAGGAGCAUCUUUUGUUCCUCCCCGUGAGGCACCAGCCAAAGCAGAAGAGGUGUCUGUGCAGGAAAGCACAGAGGAGGUAUAUUCUGACGAUGAGCAGAAUCACAAAGUAAAGGAGAGUUACUUCACUUCUGAUGGUAGCCAAAUGGAUAUAUGCAGUAACUCUUCAGGUUCAGAGGUUCCUGACACAGAAAUGCAACAGACAGUUAUUUCAAGCAGCUGUCUCAAGUUUUCUGGCUAUGACAAGCCUCAUGUUCCAUUAGAUUUGUUGAUAGAUGUUGGUGAAGAACAGCCUGUGAUUGCUUACAGGCCGACUGACUAA